AUGAUCAGGGCUACGGUUGCCGUCAUUUUAUUCGGCCAUCUGAGCCUCGCGGGAGUACUGAAAGUGGGCCGGAUGGUGAUCAUUAUGACAAACGCCGAAGUAACGGCCAACCCAAAGUAUAUGAACGCCAACGUGACGGUCAUGCGCUAUACUUCUGCUCCAUACUCUUCUUUACAUCUGAGCUUGGUUUUUAGGAAGCAGAUAAACACGCUAUGGUUGCACUCCCGGUACAGCGUACGCCUCGGCAUGGUUGAUAACGUGCUCUAUGAGAGCACCAUCGACUUGUGCUCCUUUGUCAAACGUCCGACCGAGCGUUUGGUGAAGCUGAUCUACGACGACCUGAAGCGUCACGGUCAGAUACCGUCGACAUGCCCGGUGCGUCCGCUCGAACGCAUCACGCUUAACACCACGCUGAACCAUAUUAAGCUGCCGGUGUUUUUGCCCGAAAGUAAUUUCUUGUUGCGCGUCAACUGCAUGGAAGGACCCGAUAAGCCGCCAAUAUUUGAGAGCCAAUGGUAUGGUCGCUUGAAGCGAAUAACGCACAGAAACUAG